GUCACGUCUUGAAUGGUCUUGAAGUUAUUGUCAAGGAAAUUUUUGAUUCCUUCUUGCAAUUUCUUUUUUUCUAUUGAUCUACUUGAAAAUUUAAUUACUCAAAAUGUCAGAAAUAAAAAUUGUCGCAGCAAGUAUAGUAAAUUUUUUGAGACAGCAACUAGAAGGAGAGUCGUUAAACAGCGACUCCAAAGAAAGCAUAGAAGUCGGCGUUCAGUGCAUAGAGACCGGUUUUGAGUUGAGCCAGGAAGAGCUGAGCAAAGGCAUAGAUCUGCUGCAGUUGAUCCGGCAACAACGCGGCAACGACACCGUCGACCGCGCCGAAGCGGAGAAACUAAAAAAUGAAGGUAACGAUUGCAUGAAAGCGGAUAAGUUCCGCGAAGCUUUCGACAAGUACACGAAAGCGAUCAAAAUUGACCCACGCAACGCAGUGUACUAUUGUAACCGUGCCGCCGCGCACUUCAAGCUGGGCGAGCACGAAGCGGCGAUAGCGGACUGCAUGGAGGCCCUCGCGCUGCAGCCGAACUACGGCAAGGCACACGGGCGACUGGGGCUGGCGCUGGCGGCACUGGACCGGAACGUCGAGGCGCGCGCCUCUUUCGAUCGCGCCGCGCAACUCGACCCAGAUAACGAGUCCUACAAAGAGAACUUGCGCCUGGCCGAAGAAAAGCUUCUUCAGGCAAGUCCACGGGAGACCUUGGACUUGGGUGGGUUAUUACAGAACCCGGCCCUAUUAAAUAUGGCAACGGAGAUGCUUUCCAAUCCUAAUAUGCAGAACCUUAUAUCUGGGCUGAUGAACAAUACAGCAUCAACCCCGGGCAGUGGAAGAAUGAAUGUCCUUCUGGAGGCGAGCCAGGCCCUGGCGCAGCACAUGCAGGCGGCCAACCCUGAAUUGGUGGACCAGCUGCGACGGCAGGUGCGCCCACCAGGCCCUGGGGAUGAGCAGCCCCCAGCGCAAUGAUGGUCUGGCCCAGCACAUGGAGUGUGAUAGACUGAUGGCCUUCAUUUCUCACUCUUGUUGAUACAUGUAUGUUAAUCAUCCAAACUGAGAUACAUAUUUAGUUUGCAAAGCGAAGCCCGCUGCCACACAUUACAUUUGCUAUAGACAGCUUGUGAUGGUUUUUUCUUUCUG